AUGAGAAUAGAUGAAGAAAAAAUAGCUCAAUUAGAAAAAAAAAGCAUUUCUCUUGAUAACAAAAUAGAAGAACUGUAUAAGAAGAAAGAAGAUACUUCAACAUUAACGUUUAAAGUUGAAAAAAUUGAUGAAAAUAUUAAAACUGAAUGUAGUAAAGCUCCAAUUCCUGUAAUAAUUCAUAAUUUUAGAGGAUAUGAUUCUCAUAUAGUUUGCCAAUCAGUAGCCAAAUCAGCUAGCGCACAUCAAGUUCGUGUUAUUGCAGAAACAUUUGAACGAUAUAAAACAAUGAAAGUCGGACAAUUAAAAUACAUGGAUUCAUACCAAUUUAUGAAUUCUAGUUUAUCAAGUCUUGCCAAUAACUUAGGCGCAAUAAAAUUAAAACAUUAUAAAAAUUAUACAAAAGAACAAAUUGCAAUGGUUUGUCAAAAGGGGAUUUAUCCUUAUGAAUAUAUUGAUUCUCUUGAAAGAUUUUUAAAAACUGAGCUUCCUCCUAUUGAAAAAUUUAAUACACAUUUAAAGGAUAAUCCAGAAUUACAAUUUGAAUGGCUUGAAACAAUUCAAAAAACAAAAUCUGACGCCAGUCGAGGAUAUUUUGUAAAUAUAAAAGCGCAUUUUCCUAUAGGUACUCAUGAUAAACUUAAGGAUUUGCCACCAGCAGUUGAAAAUAUUGCAGUAAAACGUGAUUGGCUUAGUUAUCAUAAUAAAGAGCAAAUAAAAAAAUUAGAUAAUAAUCGAUUUUCAUCAACAAAGAAAUUAGUUACUCAUCUUGGCCCAAGGGAUAAUUACGUUAUACAUUAUCUAGAGCUUCAAUAUUAUGUAAAAUUGGGUUUAGUUAUAGAUGAAGUCAGUUAA